ACAGUCCCAACUCAGUCCCAACUCACUCCCAUCACUCAGAAGAGUGUCUGAUCCAUGUCUGAUCCAGGUCUGAUCCCUCUGUGUGGAUGUUUUUCAUCAGAUUUUGAUCAUGAAGUGAGUUCACCUGAAUAAAUCCGGGAUUACUGGUAGGAAUUAAGCAGCAGCAGCAGCAGCAGCAGGAGUGGAGGAGCAGAUUUGGAGAUCCAGCACAUUCAGCAGGAUCAGCAGGAUCUAUGAUCUAACAGGUGUGGGGGUGUUUUUGAGAUGGGACCUGUACCCCUGACCCUUCUGCUCCCCGUGUUGCUCCUGUUCCUGUUUCCUCCUGCCCUGGCGAGCGCAGGUGAGGAUGAGUACACCUGGGAGCAGAGGAGGGUGCCGCUGGUGCAGGAUAAACGAACCGUACGUCUGAGCGGAUCCAGAUUUUCGGCCGAGCCGCAGGUGGAGCUGCGCGGCACGUGUGGCAUCGAGUGUCAGCGUGAGCUACCAGAGCCGAGCGAACAGGAUCUGGAGGAGACGCUCGCUUACGAAACCAUGUACGACAACGGAACGCGUACGCUCACUAGCGUCAUGCUGCUGGAGUACAAACCGGGGGCGGAGAACACGAGCGUACGGUCCGUAUCCCGACGCAAACGUGAGGUCUACGGUCCGGACACGCGCUUCACCAUUUCCGACAAGCAGUACUCCAUGAAAUAUCCGUUCUCCACCACGGUGAAGAUCUCCACUGGGUGCACCGGGGUGCUGGUGUCCCCAAAACACGUGCUCACCGCUGCACACUGCAUCCACGAUGGUACGGAUUACAUCAAAGGGGCGGAGAAACUCAGCGUGGGCAUCCUGCGCGACCGGAAAAAGGGAGGAAAACGGAAACGAGGAAAAGGCAAAAAGGAAGAGGAUAAACAGGACAUGGACUCUGGAGCCAAGAAACCAGAGAGGAAGGGUAAAGGACGGAAGAACCGCAGCAGGCGGAGCGCACCGUCCGGAAAGCCGUCCUUCCGCUGGACACGUGUCAAAAAGACCCAGAUCCCCAAAGGCUGGUUUAAAGGCGCCUCGGAGAGCGUGGAAGCGGACUACGAUUACGCCAUCCUGGAGCUGAAGAAGGCGCAGAAGGCCCAGCCGAUGGAGCUCGGCGUCAUCCAGUCGAUUAAAAAGCUCCCCGCGUCACGCAUCCACUUCUCAGGGUUCGACGACGACCGGCCGGGGAACCUGGUGUACCGCUUCUGCUCCGUCUCGGACGAGUCCGGCGAUCUGAUGUACCAGCACUGCGACGCCCAACCCGGAGCCAGCGGUGCCGGCGUGUACGUGCGCCUGAAGGAGCCGGGGAAGCGGAAAUGGAAGCGGAAAGUCAUCGGCGUGUUCACGGGGCAUCAGUGGGUGGACGUGGACGGAGAGCAGCGGGAUUAUAACGUAGCGGUGCGCAUCACUCCACUUAAAUACGCACAGAUCUGCCACUGGGUGCACCAAGACUCCGACGCUUGCCUAAACACCUGAGGGAUUUUAAACUACCCCAUCUGCCCCCGGUCUACCUUUCUUUUACACUUUGUACUGGUGGAAUGAUGGAAAUGUGGAAGGGUGCAACAUGCGCGGUGCUCUUAGCACUCUGCUUUUAAGCUUUGUAUAUUUGGAAUAGGUCAGUAAUGUAAAUGUACCAACUGCCCCAUCUUUUUCCUCUUCUGCCCCUUAUAUCUGCCCCAAAACUUACACAGCCACAGAUAUUUGGAAGGUUCCAGGUCAGCAUCAUCUGCCCCCUACACAUCCUACUUUCACACUUUGUACAUACGGGAUAUAUAAAACAGCGACCAUUUUACCCUGCAUGCCUGUUACUUGCCCCCUACACCCCUCUAAGCGAACCCAUUGCUCCUCCUUCACCAUGCUUCACAGUAGAGCAGCAGGAUACAUUUAGAAGCGCGGUGCUCUCUUGGAAGUCAUUAUGGGUGCUUCAUCUUUUCAGAGAAUGUGUUUUGGAUGCUCCGGAGUCCAAUAGUGAUGAGUUACACCAGUCCAACAUGGCAUCAAGCGAUCAAUAACCCCUUGUGAUCUGAUCCAAUGAAUUUCUAACCAGCACUUCCUUCCUGUGCUGAUGUUCACAGAGUUCCAGUUCGACUCAUUUCACCCUCUGCCCUGUGUACCCUUUUCACCCCAUUCUUUACAUCCACUCUGGCUGCAGGUUAUUAUUAUUAUUAAUAUUAUUAAUAUUGAGUUUAGUUUGAGAAAUAAUUCUUACUUUUGAUUGCUCCUGUAAAGCUUCCUGAAGAGACUCGUUUGUCCCGACAACAUGAAUCACUUCUGUUAAUGUUAUUUUUAAUCUGAUGUUCAUUUAAACUCAUUCCUGCAUUUAUUUCAGUAAACGACUGUCGGACGUUUCUAAGAUUUCUUGUUGCUGUUGCUGGACACUUUUGGAUGAAGUGGUUUGUUUGCUCGUUCUGUAUUUUAUUACUUCUGUCUGUUUUUUGCAUGUGGUCGUUGUUGUGUGUGUAUUUGCUGGAGCUGCAGAUUCGGUCGUUUUGGUGAGUCGACUCAGAAAGGUUUUUUUCUCAGAGAAGAUCUGCGACACGUUUUCAGGUUUGAGUUAUUUUAUAUAUUUUAUAUUAUAUUAUUAGAAGAAGAAAUUGAAGGCAUGAAUCAGUCUGGUGCUCGUGUAACCUGCUCAGUUUUGAUGUAAGUUUCAUUAAAUCGUCUUCACUGUGGUCCUGUGUUAGGGUUCCUGCGCAGGUUCUCACGUCGACGCUCGGUGCUAAGUUCAUGUUUUACGUUUAUUAUGAAGGGAUUUCAGUUUGGUGUUUAGUCUGUUUAAAUAAAGUACUGUAGAACUCUAAUUAUAAAAUCUUCUCUUAUUAAUUCAUCACAGUUUUAUUUAAAUUCUGGUUGUAAUUACAGUACAGGUGUUGGUAUGGAGAGUAAAUCAGAAGAAUUAAGUCAAAUUACUUGAUUUUUUCCAAAAUGUGUUGAAUUGUUCAUGGACCAAAUAAAAUAUCGUUUACACACAA